AUGGUCCAGACUAGAGAUGAAGAUGGAAGCCUGGCAGCUGUGAGGAUCCAUUAUCUUCUGUUUGCUUUACUCUUCCUGUUUUUGAUGCCUGUUCCAUGUCAUGGAGGAAUCAUAAACACAUUACAGAAAUAUUAUUGCAGAGUCAGAGGCAGCCGGUGUGCUGUGCUCUGCUGCCUUCCAAAGGAGGAACAGAUUGGCAAGUGCUCAAUGUGUGGCUGAAAAUGCUGCUGAAGAAAGAAAUAA